AUCCGACACGGCCCUAGGUCCUUUCCCACGACCUUCGAUGAUGAACGCGACGCCUGCCGACGGCCUCGCGUCGCUGAUCCAGAACUCAGAGAGGCUCCUAGCCCUGCGGGCGAAGCUUCCGACGGCCGGGUUGCUGCAAACGCCGACACCAAGAGACUUCACCGACUUUGUUGCCGUCGCGGCGUGCUUCCUCAUCUUCAACCUUCUCGUCAUCCGCUUCACCGCUCCAGCACCUGAUGUUUUGCGCCGCAUAGACUACGCGAUGCGACAGUUCUCGAUGCUCUGCUUCACCAUCCUUGCUCGCUGGGGCUGGAUGACGCUCGCGGUCUACUACAGCCCUUGGGCGGCGAUCGCCGCCUGGCCGCUUGCAAUCUUUGAGACAUGGUCCGUUCAGUUCAACGCCGACGUAUACGAAGGACGUGCCAUGAAGGGAGUAACGUGGCGUCACGCGAGCAAGUGCCUCGUCGUGCUCGUGAUGGAGGGGUUCGGCGUCUUCGCCGGCUUCCCGCUGGUAGUCAAGCUGCUCGGGUGGCGCCAGAUGAGCUCGGGCGCGCCGACCGGGGCGAUGCUGCUCCACGGAGCCGCGGGCAUGACGCUCGCCUACGACCUCGGCCUGGACUUUGCCUUCUACCUCUUUCACCGCGCCUGCCACGAGAACAGGCUCCUGUACCGCUGGAUCCACAAGGAGCACCACACCGACACGGGCAAGGCGUUCGGUCCGCUCGUCGCCUUUGAGACGUACACAAUCACCUGGUCCGAGGCGUCCUUCAUCAUGGUGGGGUACGUGCUUGGGCUCGCGCUCGCGGGCAUCGUUGCCGCCGUCUUUGGCAGCGACGUGACACUUUUUCACCUCGCUCUGCUCUUGUCAUGGGGCCACUUGGUCGAGCUGCUGGGCCACUCGACCAUGAGCUGGACGAUCAACGGCAACCCCCUCCGGCUGCUGCACGAGACUCUAGGCAUCGAGCUAAAGGAGGUUCCCGACCACACCAUGCACCACAUCAAGCCCCUGUCCAACUACGGCAAGCGCACUGUGGUGUGGGACAAGCUCUUUGGCACUUACACCGCGCCUCCCGCCGCUCUCUACGACGCGCGGUGCGUGUCUGCCGACGGGAAGCCCAAGGCGCCCUGACGCCGCCGUUGAGUACCGUUGUUCAAAGAGUGCUGGGGGCGGCCGCUCCAACGGCGGCUUCGGACCGUGGGCACGCGUACUUCUCGCGCCACGUGUGCUCUCUGCCUUGACUAGCUAGUGCAUGCCUGCAUGCCGUACGCUGCGCCGCCCGCCACACGACUUGUGGCCAGCGGAGUACCUUUGUCGACCGUAACAUGAUGUGCGGUGCACGUGUACUAGAACGCGAACCCACGUGCGACCACUCGUGCACUCGUCUUUGUGGUUGUGUCUUUUGCUGAGUAAUGAGUGCCGUGUGUGCAUAAAGGAC